AUGAAACGACGGGAACCAUCAUGGAUUCCACUUGUACUCAUACUCACCACAAGUUGUACGAUAUUAGUUUGUAUAAUCUGUCGAACAAACGACGAAUACUCAGCAUAUCGCCAAAGUGAUACUAUUGUGAAGAAGUUUACUAUGGAAACAAUUUGUCGGAUUGAUCAGAUUGUUUUGCACCGUGAAAAAUACAAACAAUCAUCGAUGAUUAUUCUCAAUAGCACUUUUCUUAUUUCAUUCGAAGUCAUUUCAAAUGGCAAUAGUACAAGAGUACAAGCUGAACAUUGGGCAGUACCUGUACCUUUUAAACCAGAUCUUAUAAAUAGCACCUAUCGAUGUUUUAUUGAUCCACUUGAUACUCAACAACAACCACUGAUAGAAAUACCAGAUAUUGUAUCUAUUCGUCAUGAUUUUAUUUGGUAUACAUUAAUACCUAAUUUGACAUUUAUUGUGUUAUUGACCAUAAUACUUUUACUUGUUAUCAUUCUAUUUUUGAUGUAUCCUCCACGACGUUGGUUUAGACGCGCACGACAAAAACAGCCUGAAACAACAAAAGCAUAA